GGAAUAAUGGCUCCAAACACAGAGCGCACCUUCAUCUCCAUCAAGCCUGAUGGAGUCCAGCAGGGAAUAGUAGGUGACAUCAUAAAACAAUUUGAACAGAAGUGUUUUCAUCUGGUAGCUAUGAAAUUUUUGCAUGCUUCUGAAGAACUCCUCAAACAGCAUUACACUGACCUGAAAGAUAGGCCAUUCUACCCUGGUCUGGUUAAAUACAUGAACUCUGGCCCUAUAGUAGCCAUGGUUUGGGAAGUGCUCAGAGUUGUGAAGACAGGCAGGCUCAUGUUGGGAGAAACUAACCCAGCAGAUACUAAACCUGGCACUAUCCAUGGUGAUUUCUGCAUUCGAGUGGGCAGAAAUAUAAUUCAUGGCAGUGACUCUGUGGAGAGUGCUCAGAAAGAAAUCAACCUGUAGUUCAAGCCUGCAGAACUUGUGGACU